AGACCUAUCUAUGGCCGUGUUUACAAUUCAUGAAAACAAUAAACAAAACCCUUUAUUGAAACAUUUAUUUGGCAGUGUGUAUUCUCUGGCCUCAAGUUACUGCAUUAGAAAAUAGUGGCACUGUGGUGGCACAUCGUAGCUCUGGAUUGGGUGUUCAGGGCAAGGGGUGACGUCAUUACACUCGGAUAAGGACACGGACCCCCACAGUUUCGGACUGUGCUGACGGCGUGUAACUGUUGUGUUUCAGACUUGUCUCAAACCAUAUUGUUGUUUAUGUUAAAAUCUUAAAAUCGAAUUAUUUCGAAUCUGUGCUGGACACAUUUAUUUGACAAGGAGUAUAGGAAUGAUUUUCUAAAUUUAGGGCUGCGAGUAAUGCUUUUGAUGUCACGAGAUAAUUGUUAGGAUUCGUUGAAAUCAUGUUCGAAAGUAAUAAAACGUUUUCUGGUGAAAAUAAGUCAGAUGAAAUUUUUUUGGUGUUGAAAGAGAAGGUGGAGCGGUUACACCACUACAGUGAUCACUACUUUGAGCAGAAUGCCGCUGCGGACGCCGCUCAGAAGACUGCUGAUGUGGAGGCGAUGUUGGCAGAGACCCUUCGCUUCUUAGACUCAAAGAAAGAGCAGGUGGCGUCGGAGAGGCGCGCGCAGUACCACUACCUGGUGGGCCGUGCUCUGAACGUGCGCCCCCAGCACUGCCCCCAGGCGCAGGCCGCGCUGAGCCGCGCAGUGAAGCUGGACCGGGCGCUGGUGGCCGCCUGGAACGAGCUGGGCGACUGCUACUGGAAGAAGGAUGACGUGAAGGAGGCGAGGGCCUGCUACGAGGGAGCGCUGCAGCAGCAAAGAAACGAGGUGUCUCUGCGGAACCUGUCGAUGGUGGCGCGGCAGGAGAAGCACCCGUCGGCCGAGAAGCGCGCGGAGAGCGUGGAACAGGGCGUGACGUACGCCAAGGAGGCCGUGCAGCUCAACCCCCGGGACGGCCUCUCCUGGCUCGUGCUGGGCAACGCGUACAUCGCGCGCUACUUCACCGUGCAGAACCCAGACACGCUGAAGCUCUGCAUGUCGGCGUACCAGCAUGCCCUGAAGGACCCUGAAGCGGAGUGCCACGCAGACCUCCACUACAACAUGGCUAUCGUGCUGAAGUACCGGGAGCAGUACCAGGGGGCGCUGGGAGCCCUGUCGCGGGCGAGCGCGCUGGACCCCACCUGGCCGCCGCCUCGCCUGCUGGAGGAGCGGCUACUGCAGUACCUGGCGAGGGUGCAGGAGCUGGUGGCGCUGAGGGGCCGCCUGCGCGCCAGGAGACUGGCCCAGCUGCUGCAGGCACUGGAUGACCAGCAGCCGGAGACACGCCCCUUGGCCAGCCUGCAGGAGGGAGCCAACCCCGCGGCCGUGGUGCUCGGAACAGUGGCGUGCAGUGUUCACACCGAGGAUGGAGUGCCUUUCACGUUCUGCCUGGUGGACCGUGCCGGGACGUGCGUGGCCGUGACGCUGUACAACCUGGCCGCAGGGAAGGGAGUCAUCAUCGGAGACUCCGUGGCCAUCCCACAACCCUUCCUCAGCCACAUCAGCCUCUCCUACAAGGGCAAGCAGUACCAGUUUGACUCGAUACGUGUGGAGACGCCCUCGAAGCUGAAGGUGAACGGCCGAGUGCUGGGACGAGACAAGCUGGCGAGCGUGCAGCUGUCCUCCUCCAAGUUGGCCAGCUGAGUCCUGCUGCUCUGCUGCUCUUACUGUCGAGCAAUCAACUCACUGCCCAACAAGUAUAAUAAAAUCAUAAUUUGUUUGUUACUUUUUUACAACUUAGCUCAGUGCUAAUUCACAGUUUCAUACACAUGUUGUAGGAGCAGCGGUCAGGGAGAACUUGCAGAUGGACGGGGUAGCAGUCCGGCUUCUUCCUCCUAUAACUCUGCACUCUCUCGUUCUGGCAUCUCUCUCCUCCAGGAAUCCUGUUCUGUAGUCUUACCAAGACCUUUGCAUUCUGUUCCAUAUGUCCUACCCACAUAGAUCAUGUGCCGACAGUUUUUCUCCAUCUGGCUGUAGCUCUUCCUUUUUUUCUCUUUCAGCAUCCAGAAGUAAUGCCCGUCAUGUGUGUGAUAGAAUACUCUUCCACAAAAUGGGCCAUUUAAAAGUCCAUUGAUGUCAAUUAGUGUCAAUUUAUGCUUUUCGGGGGAACAAAGGAAAAAGUGUACAUUGUGGGAAAGUAUAACUUGAGGGAAAACUUCAAAACUCAUCUGAUACAUAUGUACUUCAUUUCUUGUAUGUAUUCCUUUUCACCGCACGAGGAAGAAAAAGGGGAAGGAGUGGGUGUACCUAAUGCAUCCAAACCCUUGCCCCAUCGGUUGCGUACAUAACAAUAACAAUUCUGAUAGGCCUAUCACCUGCAUGCUAAUGUUGUGAAUUAAAUCCUUGUCAACUUAGACAUCAGCUGAACCAUAACUAUAUUUUGGCAUUAACUACAUCAUUUAGACAUGUUACAUUCUGUUCACUUUCAUAUUUAAUUUCAAAAUUAAAUAGAAUUCUUGAGCCACAAGCACAAGAUGAACAAUUAUUAGCUGAUUACAGUCUACAAAUUACAAAUAACUUGAUUAAGCAUUGUUAUACAAAAACGGGUAGCAUUAAUGUUCAAAGAUAAAGCAUAAUCCAGACAAUCCAGAGGUGAUAAUGCAAUAAAAGUAUUUGUGAGCAAACUUUGUGAAGUGCUAGAUGAUUAGCACUCAGAAAACAAUUUUCAAAACUUAAAUAAUGCUUAUUAGUGUUGGGCCGAUUCCUAAAAUAUACCGAUUCCGAUUCCAUUUUCGAUUCUUAAAUUAAAGGGUCGAUUCUUCUAAUCCGAUU